AUGGCCACAAUGCUCAGGAUACACAUGACUUUUCCUUUGUCGUCGUUGUUAGUAUUCGUGUUCUUUGCGUUUACAGCCGCAAACGCGAUGCUCAUCAAAGACAUGUACGCAUUUUGCAAAGAGACAGAUGACGUCAACUUCUGCUUGAAGUACAUUGGAACGGACGUACGUAUACUAGCCGCACGCGACUUACGUGACGUUCUUGUGAUUGCGAUUUCUAAAUGCAAAAUCCAAGUGAGCAACGCAGCCAGACAUAUCAACAAAGUCAGUUACAAGUAUAGUAGUCAGCUUGGAACUCAACGAGUGUAUUUUUGCCGCAAGUAUUACAAGUUAGCGUCUGAUUCGUUCCAAAAAGCUUAUGAAGAAGCCCAGGAAAAAGCAUACGCAAAUUCGCCUGAGGUAUCUGCAAGAGAAGGCUCAAUGUAUGUGUGCAUGUGCGAAAACGAAUGGAAAAAGGAUGGACCCGACCAAAAGUCUCCCGUCACUUUCUAUAACACAAAUGUUGUCAAACUGAUAUCUAUUAUUGAUCUUAUCAUCGGAAAGCUUUAUGGUUAG